UGCCGGGCCCCUGUGUACUUGGCGGCGGUGCUCGAGUACCUGACCGCCGAGAUCCUCGAGCUGGCCGGUAACGCUGCCCGCGACAACAAGAAGACCAGGAUCAUCCCUCGUCACCUUCAACUGGCCGUCCGCAACGACGAGGAGUUGAACAAGCUGUUGUCCGGCGUCACCAUUGCACAGGGCGGCGUUCUCCCCAACAUCCACGCCGUGCUUCUGCCCAAGAAGACCAGCAAGGCUCAGUAAGAUCCAGACGGAGAGAUUUAAACCCCGGCCCUUUUCAGGGCCACCCACAUCCUCUCGAAAGAACUGUAUCAUGAUCACUAAACUUACUUUACAUACAGCUAUUCUAUAAGAAAACUAAUACAGAAAAUAAAUGCGUGUAUGAAAUAACCCCCCCACCACACACACACACGCACACCAAAACAAAACACGCACAUCUGCUUAGACAAAUCUAUACCUUUUCUAUAUUCCUGACAGACAACAUUUGUGAGCAAGACUGGUUGCCAUAUCACGUCAGAAAUGACCGCACUAUAGUCUUCCUUACAAGUGUGUCGCUUCCUGCUAGCUGACAUACCUCUAUAUUAUAUGUACGCGUGGUCAGAGAAAACGAUAGAACACGUGAAGGGCGUACGUUGUAUUUUCGCGGUCAGAAACGCAUGGUUAAAACGUGGAAAACAAGUUUCUUUUUUCUUUUAUUUGAUUUCUUGGUUGUUUGGGGCUGGGAGUCUAUUAUUUCACAAGUACUAAUUUAAUCCCCUGUCGGCUGAUUGGUUUGUGUGUGCAAGUAUGGGCAAACGUGUAAACUGUGUAACAGUGAUUCUGAUUCAAAUGUUGCAAGAAACGUGAACGAUAUAGAUCUUUCUGGGAAAGGUAGGUGGCCCUGAAAAGGGCCGGGGUUGUCGAUCUUGUUCUGAUCCUGAUUCUGAUAUGAAGCUGUACCAACUUCUAGCCAAGACACCCCAAGCGCGUUUGCACCACGUACAUGCACCUGUAGUUUCUACGGCUAUUUUUUUAGAUCAUUUCGGAAAAAGCACACGAAACGUUCACUUAUGAGCCAUACCUAGACGGUUUUAUGGUGUUGAGGGCAGGCAGUGUAAUACGAUUUAAUCCCUGCAAAGUUUACCUAAAUCACUUAUACGGACUGAAAGAUCCGCACAAGUGUGGCCGCUCCCUAAAAAUGUGGUCCGCUGUUCAUUGUGUAGUUAUGUGCUAGGGUCAUCGUGAAACUCAGGCUUAGGUCACAUUUCCAAACCUGGGUCCGGCCAGACAGCUUUCGGGAGAGAAAAUAAUGAUAUAAAAGUCAGCAAAAUACACAAAAUAUCAAAAGAAGAUUUAUCGGCCUGAGUUGUCUGCAUUUCAAGGUAUACAUUUUAAUUUCUGUUUUUUUUUAAACAUCCCGGUCGGGCCGGAAAGGUGAAACGGUGACCUAAUCUUUAUCAGUCAUCAGUCUGGAGACACCUGUGCUGGUGCCAGUAAAAGGCUGUUCACGGCUACGGAAAGGAAAAUUAAUCCAUGUUGGAAUUUCCUUUGUGGGCUCCGUUCUUCGAGUGUGGUGUGAAAUAAGUAAAUAAAGACUUUAUUCAUUCGUAAGCACCAUCGCCUUUUGGAUUUUUGUGCUUUCUGUCGUAAAGCAAGUAGAGCCGAUGGUACAAGUAGAUGCGUUUUAAAAAUGGCAACAUAUUCUGUUAAUAUGUGAAAAAUACGCAGACUCUUUGGCCUUGCUGUUCUUUUGUCGGCCGGAAGAAAGGGAAAUACCGACUCUUUUCACGGCCACCAACGUAAUCCCUGAAGCCGUACAUCGUUCACGCUUGCUUUCCCAUUGUGCCGUAUUGUACUUGUUUGUUUAAGCCUCAGUGCAAACUAUUUUCAUGUAAGGCUGGGGCGGGGCUUGCUUUCUAUUGGCGGGAACUUCCCCUGCUAACAAUUCUUUCUUAUCCAUCGCUCUAAGCUACUAAAUCUUACCGCACUUAUAUACCACCGGCGCUUUUAGAAAUAACGAGAAGAAGGAGAAGAUGGGGUCUCAUAUUAGGGACGUUUUAAAUGGCCGGCGUAAAAAAAUAGUUCGGCUACCAUUUUUGAAUGAUUGGCUGGAAGACUGCGUACACGUCACAGGUGAUUCCAGCAAUUUUGUGGCAACUGACGAGCUGCGUCACGCUCACCAGACGUACUGUGAGAUCAGGUCGGAUUCGGACAGACAAAUGGCUGCUAUGUUAACAAAGCGACGCUUCGAGAGGCAAGUUGCAUCGGCACUUCUAAGCAAAAACCGACGCGGCAAAGUACUGGUCGACCGUAAAAAGCUUCAGAAAGGUGUAAGAGGGUAUUCCGGUAUACAACUCACAAGACCCAGCAGACAUCUACAGCGGACAACCAGGCAAGACAUGCUCCACUAUUUGACGAAAACGCCUUUAGAUAGGCACGUUCCGUUUCGCGCAAGGCAGGUCAAAAAAGAUUUCAGAAUGGCUGGACUCUGUGCUAUAGCAUCGGAAACAAUUCGUCGCGGAUCGAUUGUUGCUGAGUACAGAGGUCAACGAUUAUCAGACGAGCAGGCGCAUGUUCGCCUAGCCAACAUGCCAGACGGUGAACACGCCAAACUUCUAUGGGUGUACACGAAUGGAAAACCACCGACUGUAAUUGACGGGAGUCGCUCUGACCACAAUCCGGCAGCGCUGAUUAACCACAGCCGAAAUAAUGCAAAUCUUAAGGCUUCAACUGUCACAGGAGGACAUUUAGACGGUCCAGCAGUCAUUCUGAUAGCCAAACGGGACAUUGCAUGUGGAACUGAGCUGCUGUUUGACUACGGGGAGAAACACGGACCAGACUUUUUGAGGCAGUCUCAGACGCUAUGCCCACUCUCUAUCUCGGAGACCGACAAAGAAGAGCCCGUUCCUUGUCAGGAUCUCUCGUACCUGACCGAAUGAGAGCUAUGUAUCCGCCACGAACCAGAAAACAUCCGGCCCUUUUUAGGGCCAUAAACAUGAUCACAAAAGGACUAUAUUCCUCACGUAGUUGUGGUUACUGCAUGUAUUGUUAUUAUGAAUUAGGUUUUUAAUCCUACUAUUAAA